AGGAGCUUCAGCGCCCGCCGCCCAGUUGGGGGAGCUUCUGCGGGCUGCACUAGAUAAGGGGCAAGAAACGGCCCGUUGGCCCGGGGUGGAGCCGCACUAGCCACAUUGGCUUCUUUUUUCCUUUAGCUCGCAGGUAGCCUCUUAGAAGUCUGCUUGCCAACAUGUUGCUGUUCGUGGCCUCUCUGUGGCUCCUGGCAGCCCUUGCAAACGCCCGCAGUGUCCCCUUCUUCCCUCCUCUCUCUCAGGACUUGGUGAACUAUGUUAACAAACUCAACACUACCUGGCAGGCUGGGCAUAACUUUCACAAUGUAGACAUGAGUUACGUGAAAAAGUUAUGUGGUACAUUCUUGCACGGCCCCAAACUUCCAGCAAGGUUAGAGUUUGUAGGUGACAUGGAUUUACCUGAUAGCUUUGACUCCAGGCAGCAGUGGCCAAACUGUCCAACAAUUAAUGAGAUCAGAGAUCAAGGUUCUUGUGGCUCUUGCUGGGCAUUUGGUGCAGUGGAAGCCAUUUCAGACCGAGUUUGUGUUCACACCAAUGCCAAAGUGAAUGUGGAGAUCUCUGCUGAAGACUUACUGUCUUGUUGUGGUUUUGAAUGUGGGAUGGGGUGUAAUGGAGGCUAUCCUACGGGUGCAUGGCAGUACUGGACUGAAAAGGGCUUGGUAUCUGGUGGGCUUUAUGACUCUCAUAUUGGCUGCAGGCCAUAUUCUAUCCCACCCUGUGAGCACCACAUCAAUGGAUCCCGACCUCCAUGCACGGGUGAAGGUGGCGACACCCCCAAAUGUGUGAAGCAGUGUGAAGCAGGCUACGCUCCAUCAUACCAGCAUGACAAACACUUUGGAGUUACCUCUUACAGUGUCCCUCGCAGUGAAAAGGAAAUAAUGGCAGAGAUCUACAAGAAUGGGCCAGUGGAGGGAGCUUUUUCAGUGUAUGCUGACUUCCUCAUGUACAAAUCAGGCGUCUAUCAGCAUGUCUCUGGAGAAGAAGUUGGAGGUCACGCUAUCCGAAUCCUUGGCUGGGGGGUAGAAGAUGGUACCCCUUACUGGUUGGCAGCUAAUUCCUGGAACACAGACUGGGGUGAUAAUGGCUACUUUAAAAUCCUACGAGGACAGGACCACUGCGGAAUCGAAUCUGAGAUUGUUGCCGGCAUCCCAAGGACGGACCGCUACUGGAAUAGCCUGUAGCGUUCUUCUGAACCCAGACUGUCUUUUUUUAAUUCUACAAAUCAUUGGAGUUAAUCAUACCUGUGGAGUUGCCAGCUAUGGCUGCAAAGCCUGAGUUCAGAGAAGACAUUUUAGACUUCAGCUUCUUUUAUUAAAGUUUUGUUUUUAAAAAAUGUAUAAUACUGUGCUCUCUGGCAGUCACGCUCUUCAGCUGGAGUGGCAGGGUCACUUGUUUGUGUUGAAUGUACAAGGUUAUGGCUGCUUGAUGGACAAAAUGGCAGACAAGAUAUAGAGAUAAACCUGACCUUACAAAAUGGGGAUUCUUUGUGGGAAAUCUUUCUUUUUCUCUUGAUGGAAUUUGGGGCAUAGACUACCUUCUCUGACAGAAAAGGCAGUAGCAAAAGAGCAUGCAUUCCACAGGAGAAGUUCUACUGUGUGGUGAAGUAGUGACCUCAAAGAUCUUGUAUGCUGCUCUUUGGGAUAUGGCUGAGGAAGAGAGGUGCCACCGUCUUGCAUCCCAAGCCCACAGUAGAACUGCACCCUGGCUUUUGUAUGUACCUGCUUGGAGAAGAGUUGAUGGCAAGGCCUCCAUAGCUCUGCUCCUUGCUAUUAGAUAGAAGUGUUGCUAAGCCCGCUCGAGUCUCUUACAGAAGCCAUAUGUUAGUCCUGUAAGAUGCAGAGGGGACAGGAGUUAGCUCCUAAUAUGGAAAAUAGGGGUUAAAACUUGAGUAUCCUUGGAACAGUCUCUCAGCCUAGCCUGUUCAAAAUCAUGCUUGUAAGGACUACAAAAGGUCCCAGGAUAGGGAAGGGGACUAUAUGCAAGUUGAAAAACUGUCGAUUUUUUGAUAGUGCACUGACAAUGGAUGCCACUAACCUACUCCUAGAUUCACUCAACAUACAUAUGCAUGUGAACACUUCAUGCUUUGCAACAGCACCUUGCUAAGCAUCUUCAUAUAGCGCUACUGGGAUGUAGUUCAGGACAUAUAGGCAGACAAAUUAAAUAAAAUUCCUUUUUUGGACUGAGUUACUGCUUCAGGAGGGGGAGCAUUAGGUGUGAUGAACUAAUCUAGCUCUUAUUCACUAGUUAUGCAGUUUGUAUGAAUAUUGCUUUGUGGCUGCCCCAAUUGAGCCAGUCAUCAUCUUUUCUUGGUGUUUUUUAAGCAAGAAUCCUCUAAAGCUAGGGAGUCUAUACAAGUGAUCAUAUUGCUCUGGAGCGGGGUAACUUGCUCACCUGUGUCGUACCAUUGAGGAGUAAAGAAGAGUCAACUACUUCACAGCUUGAACAGAGUAGUUACAGAACAAACAAAACUGUGUUGAGAGAGCUCUCAGUCUGCAUAGGCAGAGGGGGUGGGGGGAAGAGUCCGGUUUUGAUUUUCCUUGUGCGAGUGUUCUGUCUGCACAGUGGCUACUUCUUUCUUGCUGAUUUAGCCCUUCCCAUUAUGUAGCAAAGUGCCAUUUUGUAUAACUAUAAAUUCUGCCUUAACAGUG